AGCCUUGCAAUCGAACUUGUCAGUGGCGAACGUCAGGCAAGUAGUGGCAAACAAUGACCCUGCGACCCGAUUAAAAUCUUCUAAGAGUUGGCCCCAGCCUCGCUUUCGUUGAUCGUCUGCGAAGGUUGCUGCAAUGGAUUCUCGCCUUGUCCAGUUUGUUAACUGUCGCCUCCUGCGCGACCACAGCAUCGUCAAGGAUGACUUAUGGGUGAGGAACGGAAAAAUCGAAAACCCCGAAAAACUGUUCUUCGACGAAAAGGUGCAGGCCGACGUCCGGAUCGACUGUCAGGGUGCCAUCAUCGCGCCUGGAUUCAUCGACCUUCAAAUAAAUGGUGGUUUCGGGAUUGACUUUUCGCACGAUAUUGCGAAAGUAGAAGAAGGAGUGGCCAAGGUUGCCAAGGGCAUUUUGGCACACGGAGUUACCUCGUUCUGUCCGACCUUGGUCACCUCGCCCGCAAAACUGUACCACCAGAAUUUACCCAGGAUCAAAUGCAAGGAGGGAGGAGCACACGGCGCCACUGUCCUCGGAGUGCACCUCGAGGGACCAUUCAUCAGCCCGCAGAAAAAAGGUGCCCACCCUAUCGAAUACAUCAGGACCCUAGAUGAAGGAUUCCAAACACUGAUGGACGUGUACAGCACCCUGGACAACGUGAGCAUUAUUACCAUGGCACCUGAGCUUGCAAAUGCGCCGGCUGUCGUCAAAGAGCUGUCAAAUCGCAACGUGACUGUCUCCGUCGGACAUUCCAUGGGCGAUCUGCGUCAAGGAGAAAUCGCGGUCCAGCACGGCGCCACCUUCAUCACGCAUCUGUUCAACGCAAUGCUUCCGUUCCAUCACAGGGAUCCUGGCCUCGUUGGCCUUUUGACUUCAGACGCCGUGCCUGAAGGGAAGACGGUGUUUUUUGGAAUUAUAGCUGACGGAAUUCACACACAUCCUGCUGCGCUGCGCAUCGCGCAAAGAACGCAUCCUGCUGGUCUGGUUCUGGUAACGGACGCGAUCUCAGCCCUCGGCUUGCAGGAGGGGACGCAUCAGUUGGGGCAGAUGGUCGUUGAAGUGAAAGACAGCCGCGCUUUUGUGGCUGGUACCACCACCUUGUGCGGCAGCAUAGCGAACAUGAUCGAGUGUGUGCAGCACUUCGCCAAAGCCACUGGUUGUUCCAUGGUCACCGCUCUGGAGGCGGCCUCCCUGCACGCAGCGCAAACGCUCGGCAUUGAACGCAAGAAAGGCACUUUGCAAUUCGGCGCCGAUGCGGAUUUUGUUCUGCUAGAGGACGAUUACACAGUCAGAUCGACUUGGAUUUCCGGCGAAUGCGUCUACAAGAAUCCUCAGUACAAUAAAUGACUUAAAUUUGAGUCUUUCACCCAGCCUUGAAGGCAGUGUUGUGCCAAAGACUGACUUGGGUUCGCAAUCGAUAUUGCAUGUUCAUUUACAUCAUCUGUGAUUGUUUUAAUGGAGCUUUGGUAAUUUACUGUUGAGGUUUAUCAACGUUGUUGGUAUAAUAAAGUUUUUAUGUAGUUUGAAACUGAAA